AUGCCUUUGAUAUUAAAUAAAUUGCAGUUAGCUGCAUCACUUUUUCGAUCCAAUUUAACUCCAAAAGUUAUACCGUUGAAAUUUUUACAUCUUACAUUUAUACAACAUGAUGAAGCGCAAGAUGAAAAAAGAGCAAAUGUAGCAGUUCCUUCUUCAAAAGAUAGAACUAAAAUUAUUCCUGUAGAGAUUAGUAUGAAAUAUUUAAAAAGUAAAGCUUAUAAAGAAACUUACGGGAACGAUCCUGUUUGGAAACAGUAUAGGCGAAAUUACAAGGGUAAUAUUUUGCCAAGAAAAACACGAGCAACAUGUAUUAGAGGUGGAUUAAUUGCUACUGGUAGUCCAUGUCCAAUAUGCAGGGAUGAAUAUUUAAUUCUUGAUUAUCAUAAUAUUGAUUUAUUAAGACAAUUUAUUUCUCAAUAUGAUGGACAAAUUUUACAUUAUAAUUUCACUGGGCUUUGUCAGAAGGCUUACAAAGAUUUAUGUGUUGCAAUAAUAAAAGCAAAAGAAUAUGGUAUACUUACAUAUGAUGUUCCCUUCAGAUAUUAUGAUUAUGUAGAAUGGAAAAAUUAAUGCAUUAAAUUUACCUUGUAUUUAAACAUUUACAUUUAAAAAAUAAAUCAU